CUUUCCCUUCCGGCACACUGCUACAUUGUUGACUUUGGCAUUUCUUUUUCUUACCUUUUCUCUUCCUUUCUCGGCCAAAAUUCGCGCCCAAAUCUGCCACGCUUCUCUAACGCGGCAGAGAUUCGCCUCCAGACGGUGCUACUCGACGUGUUCCCUGCACGGAAUCCAGCAGGUGCGCCAGAACUCGUGCGAGCAGACGUACAUUUAGUCUGCGGCGCGGCGUGGGUGCUCCCAGGGUCGCCGGAACCGCCCCCGGCGUCCCAGCAGCACCGGUUCUCCGCCGCAGCAGCCGCACUCUACGUCCGUUCCGGUUCCCGUCGUGGCCCUUCCCGGACUGCUCGUGGCCGUCGCCGUCGGGACGUCCCAGCGGAGCCGGCAGCAGUUUCCACCCGAAGAACCGCUGUAGCCGGUGUACGUGUGACUUUGUGGCCGGAGGCCACGUGGUUCGACGGUUCAAUUUUUUGAGGGCUAGUACGAUCAUCCCCCGCAUCUGGCAGGAGUGGCGCUGCAGUUUCACAAAACGCAACGGGAGCAAGAGAGAGAGAGAGCGAGUUGAGUGAACAGGGCGUGCUAAGCCGAUAAGAAAACUUAAUUUUAAAUCCAAAAGUGCCACAUGGCUGCAGUUGUAGCAGCUUCAUCAUCUAACAGUAGUCUAUUUGACGGUAGCCACCAUCGCCGGAACAAUCGUCAGUCAUUCGGCGGUCAGCAUCACCAUCACUAUCAUCACCAGCAUCACCACCACUGCUGCGGGAGCUUCACCAGCAACGGCAGCAGCACACAGUACCACCGAACUCGGUCCACGCGAACCGUCAACCGGGGUGGCGGCGGCAGCAGCAGUUGCGGUGGGUCCACCCCGGGGCUCGGCCGCGGCUGUGAGGACUGUGGCUGCGGCGGCUCCCUGGUGGGCAGCAGCCUGAACGGCCACCACAACGACAACAACAACAGUGGCCUGCUGCACCAUUGUGUCGACAUCGGCGGCGGCGAGGACCAGCUGAUGGGCACCGGAAGAGGUCGCCGGCGGAGCAGCAGCCGGGGUUCCUCCGGUGGACGGAGCGGGACCGGCGGAAGUGGCAAACGGUGCACUUUUGCUGCGACCACCACGACCAUUCCCAGCGGAGCCCGAUUCGGCAGCCGCAGACAAACUUCCUCGGUGAAGCGGCCGGGAUCGGUUCCGGUGACGGUAGUGCCGGGGCUGGAGACCACGGCGGCCGUUCCGGCAGUGGUGGUCCAUUUUGAUGACAAUCCGCACGUUACGGUGCACAGUCAGAGCUCAAACAGCAGCACGGAGUCGUCGCUGAGGAUUCUCGAGUGAGUUUGGCCAGGAAAGGGGUGCUAUUUCAUGGAAGUGGUUUAAAAAUUUAGGAAUGUUUCGAAAAAGGGGCCAACAAUUUUUUGCUGAACCUGAAAAUCUUUUUUUUGCAAUUCCGUCGUGAAACUACUUACUUUUCCUGUCAUUCUUGAACGACGAAAUAGCCUACUUUUCUGUACCAAAAAUAACAGAAUCGAAUAGCAACACUUUUCAAAAUAAAUGCUGAAAAGUUCUACUUUUCAGCACUCAAAUGGGUGCUGAAAUGUUGAACUUUUCAGCACUUGUUUCGAAAAGUAACACUUUUCAACAUUUUUUUGAUUUAAACGAUUUAUUGACAAAAUACAUGAAAAUUUGACAUAAAAUUUCACUCAGUGUGUGUUUUUUGGAAUUGCAAAAAAUGUUGUAUGGAACUCGUUGCAAAACUUGAUUUUUUCAGCAUUCUUCGUAUUUAUCCAACUCGGUGAACCUCGUUGGAUAAAUGUACGACUCGUGCUGAAAAAAUCCUCUUUUUGCAACUUGUUGCAUA